AUGUUACUCUAUACCGCAAUGAAUUCUUUUUCAGCUUUGGUGACUAUCGCCUUGCUUAUUUCUACAGUUUCUUCCGCUGGAAAUGUAUGUAAAACGGGAAAUGUCUUGAAUAGACCAGUGAAUGAUCAACCAGUGUACUGGCCUGCAACAUGGAGAGAGAAUCAGUCAGCUCCCGCUCUCGAAGCGGAACAGUCUUGUAGUUGGAUCGUCACAGUUCCAUCUGGAUAUUAUGCGAAAUUGAUUAUUAGUGGAAAGAUGAAUGACAACAUUUCCCACUUUCAGACUAUUGAUUCCGCUGGAAAUUUUGUUCAAACGACGCACGAAGGCGAACAACCAUACUACUUCCCUUCACCGAAGUUCACAUUGGCUAUGUCCAAUGAGAAAGCUGCCACUUUUGGAUUCAAAAUCGUUUGGGGGAAAUAUCCAUCCGGACUUAAAUAUGACAUGGGAGUGUCCAGAUCUCCAGUAGUCGUCAAUAUCACAAAAGACAUCUUCGCAGCAGAAUACAGUGGAACGUCUGGAAUUUCUUUGUUUGCGUUCCCAGCCAAUCCCAAAAAUUACUUUUCUCUGAGAAGUACACUCGUUUUUGAGGGAAAAGAUUUCAACGGAAGAUAUAUUUCCAAUUUGUACUCGUUGUAUCAGUCUCGUAAACAAUUUCUGUCUUCUGGAUUAGUCUACAUUGUAAAUUUGGAAGCAUCAAAUGUUCUUGAUCAACUUCUGAUUCAAGAUUCCGCAUACACGAACAACUUGCAACAGUACUCGGAACUCGAUUGUCCGAUUAAUUCAACUUGUUCCGUGACUAUAAAUGGAGGAGAUAAAGCAUCUGCAUUGGUCACUGUUGGAGAGAAGCAUCAAGUUUUACUAGACCUUGUGAUGCAAGUAAGUGCUUGGGUAACAGUUUAUUACGGAUCAAUCAAUAACUUUGGAUAUUAUAAAAGUUACGCCGGAGAAUCAAUCCUUUCAAAUCUUCCGAUGACUUUCGACAGUGAAGUUGUCCAUUACGUCAUAAGUCAUGGAAAAGCCAGUUUCACAUUCCAGAUGAAUCCUUAA